AUGAAGCCCAACCGGAACUACGUGCUGGCCGAUGCGCGGCCCGACUCGCUGCCGACCCAAACGGGCGCCUUCAUCUCGGUCAUCAGCUGCUCCGUCAUCGUGCUGUCCUUCCUGCUCAAGCGCAAGUGGAGGCGCCACCCGAACCCGCUCAUCUACUGGAAGGCCGUGGUCGACUUGCUCUACGCGCUGCGCUUCCAGUACAGCUGGGAUGUCUACACGAACGCGCUGGGCUGCCGCGCGCUGGCGACGUUCACGCAGUUCUGCCUCUUCUCGUCCGAGUGCUGGUUCCUCUGCAUGUCAUUUAACCUUUACCAGUGCUCCACGAACCCCUUCACGAACCUCAAGCUGAACCUGCAGUGGUAUCACACCUUCUCGUGGGGUGUAGGCGCACUCUUCGCCGCGCUGCUCUGGGUCUCGAGCGUCGAGUUCGACCCCAAGGUCCACGCGGCCUGCUUCGUGGACGAGACGGUGGCCGACGAGCUCGUCAUGCACUACAUCGUGGUCAUCCUUGCGGUGCUGUGCGCGGUGGUGUUCGCAGUCUUGGAGACGCAGACGCACCCGUUCCGAGGCAUGAAGGAGGCGCUGGAGGCCAAGAAGGACGUCAUUCGCAGCGCCAGGAUCUUCACGGUGGCCUACAUCAUCUACCAGAUCAUCCUCAUCUCGUUCUGGCUCGCAGACGUGCUGUUUCUCGGCGACCACCCGCGCGCGCUUCACUUAGUACGCGAUGCAUCGUCCUUCCUCCAGACGGCGAAAGGGCUGAUCGAUUUAGUGAUUUGGGUGGCCAUCAACGGCUACCCGCAUGUGGACUGCCGCGCGCGCGAGACUUUCGACAGCGACCGCUACAGCGACGUCGACAUCGAUCUCCAGCCGCAGCUCAACGUCGCGCUACGCAAAGAAGUGCUCCACUUCACGACAAGAGGCAUCGUAGCAGCGUCGUCGAACACUCCGAUGGUCACGGACGGCCGACGCGUGGUGCACCUGCGCCUGCAUGAGCUUGGCAUGACCGUGUGCUUCGACGACUACAGCCCUUCGUCGUUCCGCGAUAUCCGACAGGGCUUCGGCAUCAACGAGACCCUCUACAGGAAAGCGUUCCUAGCCACAUGCCACGAAAGACUCGAGUCUGGGGGAUCCAGCGGCGCCUUCAUGUUUUACACGGCCGACUACUCAUUUUUGGUGAAGUCAGUGACAACCAGCGAACGCAAUGUGCUGCUGGAUAUGCUCCCAGCGUACAUUCGCCACAUGAAGCUGAAUCCAGAAUCGCACUUGACGCGGUUCUACGGUUGCCACUCCAUCGAGAUGUAUGGCCAAGUCUUUAGCUUCGUGGUCAUGGGGAAUGUCAUGGGCCGGACGAGCAUGCAUCAGUUUUUCGACAUCAAGGGAUCGUGGGUUGACCGCAACGCGCCGGCGAUUCCUCCAGGAAAGACCGUGAUCUGCACGUACUGCAGCAACGCUUUUCAGUACGGUACAAACGAGAGCUGCGAGUACAGCCUUCGCGGCAAUCAUUUGCCCCACAUUGUGCUGAAAGACAACGACUUUCACCGCAAGCUACGUGUUCCAUCGGACAUCGCUCAAGCGCUUGUCCGGCAACUCGACAGUGAUAGCAACUUCUUGCGAGAACAAGGCAUUAUGGAUUACAGCUUGAUGCUGAGUGUGCACAACACGAAAUACGUUGUAGAGCACACGGCUACGGAUGCCAGACUGCAGUCGCCGACGAAGCGCAAGGUGAAUUACCCAGUGUGUCAUCCCGACAGCGACACCUUCUUGUCGAUUGCUACGGAUGGUGCGGAACCUACGGAAGGCUCCAGUGACGAAGAUUUGGACGAGGUGGAGUCUGGGAAUCGACGAAAGUUCAACAGAAAUUGCCGCUACUCAGUGGUGAACCAGCUCGACGACAGCACUGUAACGAUCCAAGAUGACACGCCACUGUUAGGGCGAUCAAUGCGCCGCUACAACUCGGUGUCGUAUGGUCCGGCUGAUAUGAGCUCCCAUACGUUCGAUGACUCACAGUGGAUCGGAACCAGGACUGUUGACAAGCGUGGCUACCAGGCGUGUGUUGUUGUUGGACCGGACUACUACACGCUUGGUGUAGUUGACAUGCUCCAAACGUGGACAUGGCGCAAGAGAUUGGAGCGCUUGUGGAAGACGCUGGUGCUCCGUCAUGACGGCUUGGGCAUCUCAGCAGCCCCACCUAAGCUGUACGCCCAGCGCUUCCAGCACAAAAUGCGCGACAUUCUGAUGGUAUCAUCAGCGUCAGUUAGUAUUGACUCCAACUAA